UUCGUGUUUUCUGAUCUCUAUGCGUUUCAGUUUUCGUGAAUGAGAUGAGCACGGAUGUCGUUAGCGAUGUGGCGUCUCUUGACGUCGAAAUGUUGCAGCUGCAGGAGGUUUCUGCUUUUGCUCUCAAAACUAACGCCUAUUUCAUGGAGGCGCUCUUCGAACAAUGGUUAUCGCUUCCCGAAAGCAAUCGUUUGAUAACAUCAUUGCUAAAUGAUGCAAAGUCCGGUGCUCCCUUAAACGUGCCGGCGAAUAGCAAUAGUCCAAAUGCUUGCAAUAGUCCUUUGCCUUCCAUGUUUCCUGCAGGCACUGCUCCACCUCUUUCACCAAGAAGCACGUCUGGUUCCCCUCGCGUCGUGAAACAGAGAAUUGGUCCUUCUAAUUUGAGUUCUCCUCUGAAGGUUGUCAGUGAGCCAGUCAAAGAAUCCAUACCACAGUUCUAUUUUCAACAUGGACCUCCACCACCAAAUGACUUGAAAGAACAAUGCUUGUCUAGAAUUGACCGGUUAUUCCGUGAUCACACAGAUGGGCUGCAGAUGCAUGAAUUCAAGCCUGUUACAAAGGAAGUUUGCAAGCUGCCAUCUUUUUUUUCCGCAGUUCUUUUCAAGAAGAUUGAUAAUGGAACUGGUGUUGUGACAAGAGAAGCAUUUAUUGAUUAUUGGAUUAAAGGCAACAUGUUGACGAAGGAUAUUGCAACUCAGAUGUACACAAUUUUAAAGCAACCACAGCUCAAUUACCUUACCAAGGAUGAUUUUAAACCCGUGCUACGUGAGCUUUUGGCAACCCAUCCAGGGCUAGAAUUCCUGCAGAGCACACCUGAGUUCCAAGAGAGAUAUGCUGAAACCGUAAUAUAUAGAAUAUAUUUCUACGUGAAUAGAUCGGCAAAUGGUCGUCUUACUCUGAGGGAGCUGAAGCGUGGAAGCAUAAUUGAUGCAAUGCUGCAUGCUGAUGAAGAAGACGACAUCAAUAAGGUUUUAAGGUACUUCUCUUAUGAACAUUUCUAUGUUAUAUACUGCAAGUUUUGGGAGCUGGAUACAGAUCGCGAUUUCUUGAUAGACAAAGACAACCUUGUCAGAUAUAGUAAUCAUGCGCUCACCUAUCGAAUUGUCGAGAGAAUAUUUUCUCAGGUUCCAAGAAAGUUUACUAGUAAGGUUGAGGGAAAGAUGUGUUAUGAAGAUUUUGUUUACUUCAUACUGGCAGAAGAGGAUAAAUCAUCAGACCCGAGUCUUGAGUAUUGGUUCAAGUGCAUUGAUUUGGAUGGAAAUGGAGUUCUGACACGGAAUGAACUGCAAUAUUUUUAUGAGGAGCAAUUGCAUCGAGUGGAGUGCAUGGCCCAAGAGCGUGUGCUAUUUGAGGAUAUAUUGUGCCAAAUACUUGACAUGAUUGGACCUGAGGAUAAGACUUAUAUAACUCUGCGUGACCUGAAAGGUCGUAAACUCUCAGGACAUAUUUUCAAUAUCCUGUUCAAUAUAAAUAAGUUCAUGGCCUUUGAAACUCGUGACGCAUAUUUGAUUCGCCAGGAACGUGAGAAUCCAACACUAACGGAGUGGGAUCGCUUUGCUCAUAGAGAAUAUAUUAGGCUUUCAAUGGAAGAAGAUGUAGAAGAUGCCUCUAAUGGAAGUGCAGAAGUAUGGGAUGAAUCAAUGGAGGCUCCCAACUGAUAUUUUUUAGUGUAUCAACAUAAUUUAAUGCCCAAUAAUGGAAGGACUCGCCAUUUGUUCGAAGACACUAGACUCAGAUCAAUUUUAAAGUGUCCUUCAAAUUUAGCCACGAGAAUGGAACAUUCCCAGCUUCUCUAAUAACUACUGAGUGUGUCUUUGAUUGGGGGGCACACAGCAGCAACAACAUUGGAAUCAUGAUCGGGGAAGUUUUGUAGCUUGUACUAAUGAGUCUAUGUUAAAGUGAGGGCUGGUUUGCUAAGAGGUGAUUAGCCAAGUUGAAUUAAAUUGACAUAGCUUAGUAUGCUUACCAUUAUUAGGGAGAUUUAUUUUCUGAUGGAUAAGUUUGUAGUUUACUUUUCGGUGGAGACC